CUGGUUGGACGACGCGGGAGGUGGUUGCAGUGUCAGGAAAAGAAUAGAUCGUUGAUUGGUUGGCUGUCCCUGUCUGUCACUUUCGCCAGAGUCCAACGUCAAGCGACCACUUGAAAUGUUACUUUUUUGAUGGCACAAAAUGUCAAACAGCCAGAUGAGAAUAGAUGAAUGUCACCUGAUUCAUGCCACAUAAAAUACUGCUCCUUCUUAUCUCUGUUUCCUCUUAUGCAAAUAAUUAAAACUGAGCAACAUUCAGUGUGUGUGUGUGUGUGUGUGUGUGUGUGUGUGUGUGUGUGUGUGUGUGUGUGUGUGUGUGUGCGCGCGCGCGCGCGCGUGGGGUGAAUGGAUAGUGAUCUCCAUCCAGUGCUCUGCAAACCAGAUAGCAAGACACAGAUUGGGUGGGGACACACGACACAAACAAAAUGAUGUAAGGGACAGAAAGGCCAACAAAAGGUCACAGGUGAUUAGAUUUGCCAAGAGCUCCGUUGACAUCGCUUCUAGCAUCAUUCACAACUUUUUUUUUUCUCCGUGUGCAUUGUUGUUCCUAAAGGUCUCCAGUCUUAUCUCUGGACAUGAUGAAAGUGGAGGUGAGGUGAGGUCCUUCUUUGAGAUGCUCAGGCCUAUAUAAGGUGUAGUGGUCGACCAAAAAGAAAUAGAGACAUUUGGAUAGAUUUCCAGGCUUUGAGACACCUGUGGCAUCUUUUCAAUCGCACCAUGUGGAAGGCAGCGCUCUUGACCCUGGGCUUGUUGGUGGCACUGGUAGACAGGGUUCGAUCUAAUGAUGUCCAUCCCUCUUUCUAUGGGGUGAAACUGUGUGGAAGGGAGUUCAUACGAGCUGUCAUCUUCACCUGUGGCGGUUCUCGGUGGAGGAGAAGCGUUGGAGAUUCAGCUCUUAUUGGAGAAGAAACUUUUGACCUAUGGAAAACAAAUCCCAUCCCUCAACUUACCAGUGAGCAGGAUCCUGCUGAGUCCCAACCAUGGAGAGAACAAACGAUGGAAGUGGCAUCUGUGGCUGCUGGUUUCGGCCGCUCAGCUCGCUUGCCAGUUUCAGAGGAGGUACUGGAGGCUUUGCGGAGUGCAGAUAGAAAAGGGCGGGAUGUGGUGGUGGGACUGUCCAACGCAUGCUGCAAGUGGGGCUGUAGCAAGAGUGAAAUCAGCUCUCUGUGCUGAGCCUGGUUUCUUCAAUAUACACCUCAGUCAUGUCACUGUUGGAGAGUUGUACUAUUUUCUCAUGUGAAUUCUUAAAAUUUCACUUUCAUACAUCUUGCUGUCCAUGUGUUGACUAUUGAUACAUGAACAUGAAUAUGCAGUCAAAAUGUUGUUGUUGUGAUUGGCACAGAUUGAUAUAUUUGUGUAAUAAAGCUUUGUCUAGUUGGCCUGA